UUUUAUUCUGCAUUUCUGUUUCUUUGCUCUCGCUGUUCUGGCUAGGUAAUACCCACUUUUGAGAUUGUUCCGCCACUGUCUGCAUUACUCAUUUAGAGAAAGGGGGAUGGCACAUCGCCCUGCAUGUUGCAACAAGCAAAAAGUGAAGAAAGGGCUAUGGUCACCAGAGGAGGAUGAGAAACUCAUCAAGUACAUUUCGACCAAUGGCCAUGGUAGUUGGAGCUCAGUCCCUAGACUUGCCGGCCUAGAGAGAUGUGGAAAGAGCUGCAGACUCAGAUGGCUAAAUUAUCUCCGACCAGACUUGAAACGUGGGAGGUUCUCUCCCCGAGAAGAAGCUCUAGUCAUUGAACUCCAUAGCAUUCUUGGUAACAGGUGGUCUCGAAUAGCCAAGCACCUACCUGGAAGAACAGAUAAUGAGGUGAAGAAUUUUUGGAAUUCAACAAUAAGUAAGAAGCUCCUUUACCAUGAUGCUGUUCCUGCUUUUGCAACCUUUCCUCUUAUUGACUAUAUUCCUAGUGGUUUAGAGGAAAAUGAAAACCCUAAUUUGAUCCUAAGCACUCAACCAGACCAGCUACUCCAGCUUCCCCCUCCAAUCACAGUGCUGCAAGUCCUGGAUCAUGGGGAUCAAAGGUCAGGACAAAGCAAUUAUAGUCCCACAGCUUGGUUUCAUUUUCAACCUCCAAUCCCUCCACAAUCAGAUUCAUCUUCUUCACGUGAAACUUGGUCUCUAGGGUAUAACGAUCAACCCAAUCACCAACUUGAUCCCAAUCAACAAGACCAUCUGAAUCUCCUUUCCCCUGAUGCCGUUCCUUAUUUAGCAAGAUUUCCUGCUACUGAUUAUCCUAGCGGUUCAGAGGAUACUGGUUUAAAUGCGAACCCUAAUUUGUUCCUAAACUCUCAACAUGACCGCCUACAUCUCGCCCCUCAAAUCACGAUGGCACAAGCUUUAGAUAAUGGUGAUUAUAGAUUAGGACAGAAAAAUUGUUGUCCAACUGCGGUUCAUUUCCCACUUGCAGUAUCAGCAUUAUCAGACUCUUCUUUUAAAACUUGGUCACUGGGGUUUGAAAAUUUCUGCAAAGGAGCAACUCCGCAGGGUAGUGGCUUUAUCAACAAUCCAAGUAUCCCAGAACCUCCAAAUUACGAGACUAAUGCAAGAUUGGAAUGCCACGAAAUGCCGGAACUCUUUGAGAUCGUUAACGGUAGUAUUAAUUAAUUAAGUAAUGCCGGUAGCUAGCAUGCGCACCAGCUCGAUCCUUCGCCAGGAAUAUUAUUAAUAUUACGCCCGCUGGCCUGCAGCUAGAUAUAUAUGAUCACCCUCCAUACAUGUUCUCCACUUGGGGGUUUAAUUUCCUGGUUUAUUCACAAGUUCCAGCCAUUCCAUAUAUCAUAACACCAUCGUUAUUAUCUGCAUCAUUGAUAUAUUAUCAUCGUUGAGGUACGCCAUCAUCAAAAUUUCAAAAUUUUGUCUCUAGCCCUGGACAAGCUAGUGCUAGUACUACUUCAUUGCUAUAGUCAUCUGAAG